UUCCCCUUUAACCCGGUGAUGCUGGCUGUUUCCUGCUCUCUUUCUGCUUUCACUAGAACACAGCUGAACACGGAGCGUCAUCUAGGAUUUCGCAGUGGUCUUAUCAAAGGUAGAAAAUCUGUCAAAUAUAUCUACCCAUCCAUCCCACAGCAAUGCGAAGGAAAUCAAGGGUAUUAUUGUGUUUUGCCGUGCUGUGGGUCCUCGGCAUCGCAUAUUACUUUUAUUCGGGAACAGCGAUGAACAGAAAGGAUGACUGGAAUGGCAUUGAGUCUUUGAAAAGGAAAGAAACACACAGCAGCAAUGCAGAAGACAAAACACACAGUUUGGAGACGCUACCUCCAGGGAAAAUGAGGUGGCAGGACUUUAACCAGGAAUUGUAUGUUGGUGCAACUGUAGUCAGACCUGGCCAGGAUCCUUAUGCUCGCAAUAAAUUUAACCAAGUUGAGAGCGACAAGCUACAAAUGGAUAGAGGUGUACCAGACACAAGACAUGAUCAUUGUCGACAUAAACUGUGGCAGACUGAUUUACCAGCAACCAGCGUUGUCAUCACCUUCCACAAUGAGGCUCGAUCUGCUUUGCUGCGUACUAUUGUCAGUGUUCUUAAGAAAAGCCCAGCGCAUCUUAUCAAAGAAAUUAUAUUGGUUGAUGAUUACAGCGACAACGCUGAAGAUGGUGCUUUGUUGGCAAAGAUAGAAAAAGUGCGGAUACUCAGAAAUGAUCGACGGGAAGGUUUGAUGCGGUCUCGUGUGAGGGGUGCAGAUGCUGCUGUAGCUAAGGUGUUAACAUUCCUUGACAGCCACUGUGAAUGCAAUGAACACUGGUUGGAACCAUUGCUAGAGAGGGUAGCAGAGGAUAAAACGAGAGUUGUAUCUCCUAUCAUCGAUGUUAUAAAUAUGGAUAAUUUCCAGUAUGUAGGUGCCUCAGCUGACCUAAAAGGGGGGUUUGACUGGAACCUUGUGUUUAAAUGGGAUUACAUGACUCCUGAACAAAGAAGAGUGCGACAGGGAAAUCCAAUUGCACCAAUAAAGACACCAAUGAUAGCUGGUGGUCUCUUUGUUAUGGACAAAGAUUACUUUGAAGAACGGGGAAAGUAUGACAUGAUGAUGGAUGUCUGGGGUGGUGAAAAUUUAGAAAUCUCGUUUCGUGUAUGGCAAUGUGGCGGAAGUCUGGAAAUCAUUCCUUGUAGCCGGGUAGGCCAUGUGUUCCGCAAACAACAUCCUUACACCUUCCCAGGAGGCAGUGGGACAGUAUUUGCCAGGAACACCCGCAGGGCAGCAGAGGUUUGGAUGGAUGAAUUUAAAAAUUUCUACUAUGCAGCAGUGCCAUCAGCUCGAAACGUCCCUUAUGGGAACAUCCAGAGCAGGCUAGAAAUGAAAAAGAGACUUGGCUGCAAACCUUUUAAGUGGUAUCUGGAAAACGUCUACCCGGAACUUAGGGUGCCUGACCAACGAGACAUAGCCUUUGGGGCUUUGCAGCAAGGCAGUAACUGUUUGGACACCAUGGGCCAUUUUGCAGAUGGUGUUGUAGGGGUCUAUGAGUGCCACAACGCUGGCGGAAACCAGGAAUGGGCGUUGACUAAAGAUAAGUCAGUUAAACACAUGGACCUGUGCUUGACUGUUGUAGACAGAGCCUCCGGUUCUCGAUUAAAACUGCAAGGAUGUAGAGAGAAUGACAGCAGACAGAAAUGGGAGCAGAUUGAAAACAACUCCAAGUUGAGACAUGUAGGAAGCAACCUCUGUUUGGACAGUCGAAAUGCCAGGAAUGGUGGUCUGACAGUAGAAAUCUGUAGUCCAUCACUGACUCAGCAGUGGAAGUUCACACUGAAUCUACAGCAGUAAAAAAAAGAAGAAAAUAAAUCAGUAAAAAUCCAGCACAUACUAAAGACAGAGAUAUGAGGACAUUAUUUGAUUUGAAAAAAUUACUACUCCAUCCAACUAUAUACCUCAAUGUUCCAUCUUGUUCCAGUUGUGGAAGUGAGAACAUGUAGUGAGUAUCUGAUGCCAGUGGAAUAAAGAUCUUUAUUCUGUAUUUAUUUCACUGCAUUCCCUAUGGAUAUUACAUUUUCAUCCUAUAGAAUGUACAGACAUUGCAAUCCUGGGUCCCUCAAGAUCGGUAGACUCCUCAGCAGCAGUGUAUUUAUGUAGUGUGUGAACAUGGUGCUGUCAUUCAAGAGAAAACAACAAAGAAGCUGUCCUAAGGCGCCUUCAUUUUACAGAAGAAAGCAUAGAUGCCAUGUCAUUUCUUUUCCAACCUGCUGUAUAUGAACUUGCUAUAUUUUCUAUUAUGUACACCUGAAAUUAUCUUCUAUUUCUAAUAAUAAUUUGCAUUGUCUGAAAGAAUGGACAAAGCUGAUGAAAUGGCCUCACACACCAAAAUGGAACAGUAGCUGGAAAAGCAAGGACUUGAUGCUGCUGAGCCUGCUUUAGCGCUGGAUGCUACUGAUGUUAAUCAAUAUUUAACUUGUCCUUUUGCCCUUUUAUAGUUACUUCAAAAUGUUUAAACAUUUGAUUUAUUUUUCUUUUUGGGUGAAUUUCUUUUUCUUUUUUUUAUAUUCAUAUACAAAAGACAAAAAAGCAACAUUGUCUUUCGUACUGUCAUUCCAUUUUUUUCAUAUUCAUAACAGAAGUUGUGGUUUGAUAACACUACCUAGAAUAAUAAUAAAAAAAUCUUAACUAUUGAUUUCA